GGUCAGGAACCGCUUCGAGAACGUAAACAUAACUGAGGACUAGGCCGUAUUUGCCCGAAAAAAUUAUAGCGUUAGAAAUUAAAAGAGCCAGAGGCGAGUGAAGGCCCCAAAGAGGAGAGCAAAGAUGAAAGUGUCGAUAUAGUUGCCAAUUUAUUCCUUCUGAAUUGAGCUUAAUGAUUCAAACCAGACGUGUCGAGGGAGUUGCAGCUGCAACGGUGAGGAAACUGUUGCCUUAGUAAAGCCAUGGGGGAUAUGAAUGCUGAACCUGGCAUCUCUGUGCAACGGAUCCCACCUCAGAAUCUCGUUGUCCGGCUCUUUCAUCGAGAGAUACACAAACAGUCACACAGUCAGUUGCAUACUGACCGAUGCUUCUAUCAAAAUGUUACCCCAAACUUCACCGUAACAAAUGUUCAGAAGCCACCUUGUUUUUUAAGGAAGUUUAGUCCUGAUGGGAGGUUUCUGAUUGCCUUUUCUGCUGACCAAACCAGCAUAGAAAUCUUUCGGUAUAUGGGACCAUCUGCUGCUGCCGACAUAUUGCAUUGGUGUGAGAGUACGUGUGUUCUUAAAGAAAAUGAUCCCAAAACCCAUGAAAUUCGUAGAAACAUCUUUGAUCGUUUUUUCAAAUUAAAGCACACUGUAACUGUAGCGACAAAUGGUGAGCAACUUAACCGUGAAUGCAGCCUGUUCACAGAUGAUGGCAAAUAUGUUAUUGUGGGAUCAGCAUCUAUAGAUGAUGUUAACAGUAUUGACCACUUUGAUAUGUACAGAAAUAAUGAAUCAGUGACCCCAAACCCUCGUUCUCCUCUUGAAGAUUACACUCUUCAUAUAGUUGAUAUUGAAAUGGGCCGCCUCUGUGAUUAUAGGACGUUCCUGCAUGAUAAAAUCUUCCUCUCGCACAAUCAGGGACUUUACUUAUAUCGGCAGACUCUUGCUGUUCUUUCUGUGCAGCAUCAGACCAUACACAUAUUCCAGAUAACAGCAGAUGGAUGCUUCUUGGAUGUUCGCACAAUUGGCAGGGUUUGCUAUGAGGAUGAUGACUACUUGCUGGCCACAGUCUGCACAGAUCGAAUGCUACGCACUUAUCAGCAUGUUAGAGAGAAAAUAAUAAAUUGCCUUAAGCACAGGCUUCUUGUGUUUCUCUAUCAGCGUGCUGAAGCAAUUAGUAAGGAAGAAAGUAACCCUCGUGCAUUACGUGAAUUUUUUCACUACUUUGACCACCUCCACCGCCUUCGCAUGUGGAAAAUGCAGCUCCUUGAUGAUGUUCACUUACUCAUAAAGUAUGCUUCUGAGGAUGUGGUGACCCUUCGAGCUGCUGAGCCCAAUGGACAGCCAUCCUUUUUUGUGGUAUAUAACAUGAUCUCAACUGAGGUCCUUGCAGUCUAUGAAAAUACAUCUUCAGAGCUCCUGGAGCUUUUCGAAAAGAUGGCCGAUUUUUUCCGCAAUGCAAGACUUAGUUGUGAAUCCCAGUUCACAUGCUCACCAUCUAAUAAUAACUGGGCAAGGUUGAUUCACAAAAGGUUUAAGAAAACUAUCAUCAAUGCUCGUGGUGGUGGUGUCACAGAAGCCACGAAGCGACUCUUGGGCCAAUUGCCAAUCUCGGCUCAAUCAUUCUCCGCUUCCCCUUACCUCGAUUUAACACUUUUUUCAUAUGAUGAUAAAUGGGUCUCGGUAAUGGAACGUCCUAAAAGCUGUGCUGAUCAUCCCAUUAGAUUUUAUGGGCGCGAUUCAGGUUUGAUCAAGUUCAGUAUCAAUGCAGGACGAGCAGGCCUUCCUGGAUCAACUGUUCCAGCAUCUACUGCACGACGACUAGUUGCAUUUACAUUCCAUCCUGCCGAUCCAUUUACUAUAUCAGUCCAAAGGGCAAAUGCAGAUUAUGUUGUUAAUUUUCAUUUGAGGCAUCAGUCUAGUUAAUUUAGAAAACUGAUUUGAUAUUUUCUACUCCUGUUACCUCCAUUAAGGUGAUACGUAAAAAACCUACCCCCUUUGAAUUUUGUAUCUGCUUAUCAUGUUACUUGCAAUCAUUGGGGAGGUACUGUUAUUUUAAUAAUAUAGGUUUAGCACUUUUCUCCACAUAUAAUUUCCUAAAUAUUUUUUGUCUGAAAAUUUGUAUAAUGCUUUCUUGAUGCAUAUUAAUAAAUAAGAAGUACUGUAUUCCUAUUGGCCACUCACCUGCAAUUAUCCUAAGGCAAUCAUGUAAUUUUUCCUUAUCUUACUGUAUUUUUGUUUAGCUUUCACUUUCUAAUUUCCACUGAAGACAUUUCAGUGGAUAUUUUUUAUUUUUACUUAUGCCUUUUAUUGUUGUUUAUUUUAUAUGUUAAUCUUUGUGAUAAGCAUUAUUAACAUUAUUUUUUGUAUAUAUAUAUGUUUUGAGUACCAAUACUUUUUCAUGGAUAAUGAAGCAAUAAGUACUUAGGCUCACUGAGGUAUUCCUCGGUCAACUACUGACCUCUAGAAUACAAUCCAGAACAGUUUCCUAACUCCCAGGUACCCAUAUACUGCUAGGUAAACAGAGACAUUAGUUGAAAGGAAACAUGUCCAACCAUUUCUGUGUUGCCCAGGAAUCAAACCAGAGAUCCUAGAUUGUGAGGUAAGGAUGUAAACUACUGUACUGCUGCAAGUGAUUUUCAUGCAUUAAGUUCAAUGGUGUCAUGAAAGAGGUCAAGUUAAGAAUGUUAGAUGAUGGUGUAAACUUAGUGGUAAGUACUAAUAUAAGUUGGUGAAAAAUUUAAAAUUGUAUGUAUUUUGAUAAUAUAGUUCUUUUAGUAGUGACAGACUUGUGUAAACCACUUGAAACUUUACUGAUGUGUAAAAGAAUUUUAUUUAAAAGUAAUGUUAACAAAUGUAAUGUUAUGGUAGUGGAAAGAGAAGGAAAUCAUGUGUGUGAAAUGUAUGUGAAUGGUGGAGUGGUGGGAGGAUUGGGCAGUUUAAAUGCUUAAUAUAUGUGAUUGCUUAAGUGGAAUUUGUUAAGUGGCUGUUGCAAUAAAGGCUCUGAUAGAAUCAGAGCCUAUCUGAAAACGAAGAUAGAAAUAGAUUAAGUUAAAGAGCUGUAUGAGGGAGUGCUAGAGAUGACCUGUAUAUACAAAUGCCAGUCUAUGGCAUACUAUGACUGAAAAAAAAUCAAGAAAUAGAAUAGUAGAAAGUCUGAGAAACAUUUAAAGAAUAGUAGAAAGUCUGAGAAACAUUUAUGGUGCUGGAAUAGGUGCAGUAUAGAAAUAAAAUACUGUAUUAUGGAGAGAAGCAUAGUGUACAAAUUUUUAAAUGGCAACACUGUAUAGAAUGUACUGAGAUGGGUUGGACAUUUUGAAAGAUUGAAGAGUAUAUUAAAGUGAAUUUAAGGGUAGGAUGAGAAGAGAAAGGUCAGGAAAAAGGUAGGUUUACAUGAUAAGUGUGCAUGCAAGGAAGCAGAGAUCGAGUGUGAUCAGUGCAUUGGACAUGUUUGUAAACAAGGCCUUACGUAAGACCAAAGAGAAAGGGGGUUAGAUGAGACCUCAAAGAACUUGAGUUCCCAUCUGGUUGCAAUUGGAUGUAUCAGUCAGAAUAUCUAUCCUAUGGCAAUGAAUAUUUGCCUUGCUUACCUUUUUCCUUUAAUUAAGCAGUCAUUUUCUAUGGGAGCCCCUAUGGCUCGCAGGAGCUAUCCAAGCUGAUAUGGAUAUCCCUAACUUUGGCAUCAGUCGAUGUGGGUGAAGUUCUAGGCCUACCGGGGACCAUGAGCCAGAACUUGGCCCCCUCAGA